AUUUGUGUUCAAACGUCAAAAUCAAAAUAUCAAAAUAGUCGCAUGCGAAAAAAGUGCAGGAACAAAAAUUCCUGCAUAAACUUAAUGACGAAUUUAUGAGAUUUGGCGAUUGCAAAUUUGCAAUCUUGGAUCUAGAAUGGCUACUACAGCAUACGAACAUGAUGCUGAUGGUUGUAAGUUUAUACCAGCUUCACAACGUCCUGACGGUACUUGGCGUAAACCUCGUAGGAUAAGAGAAGGUUAUGUCCCCCAGGAAGAAGUACCGUUAUACGAAAGUAAGGGCAAACAAUUCAAGGCUCGUCAGAAUACGGGACUACCUGUAGGGCUGACGCCAGAAAUUGUGGCUCAAGCUCAGAAAAAGAAAGGACAAGGAGGUACAAUACAACCUAUUCCUGGUAUGAUAAUAAAUGUGGAAAAGAAGAAAAAGAAGAAGAAGUCAGGAGUAGAAGAGGCAACGGAAAAGCUAUCCAAAUGUGAAAUAAUAGAACCAACAUUCAGUACACCGGUAUCUUUGUCCAAUAACUCAACACCGAGUUCUGACCCAGCAAAGAGAUUAAAGAAUCUAAAGAAGAAAUUGAGAGAUAUUGAAAUGCUUGAGGAAAAAAUAAAAUCGGGAAUGUUAAAAAAUCCAGAUAAAGAUCAAAAAGAGAAAUUGUCAAAGAAAAAUGACAUAGUAAAUGAAAUAGAGAAAUUGGAAAUUGCUAGUGAUUAAGUUAAUUGGGGAAAUACCAAAAUAGAAUAACAUGCAAUAAGAUAUGUUGACAAUGAAAUAAUUUUAAUUAUCACUGCCUGAAACUGAGGAUCAUGAGAGCAAUUUGUGUUGUUUUAUUCAAUUAUAAAUUAUUUACAAUCGUCAAA